UUUUCUGAUCACAUUGAUGUUGAUUCUUUGGCGUUAACAUUCCUUUUAGGUUACUAUCGCCUAGUUGCGUAUACACGUGUUUGAUUUUCAGUUGAAAAUAUGGAUAAACCCGUGGUUCUUGCACGUGUAGUGAAGGUUUUGGGACGUACUGGAUCCCAGGGCCAAUGUACUCAAGUGAAGGUAGAGUUUAUAGGAGAACAAAAUCGUCAGAUCAUCAGGAAUGUUAAAGGUCCAGUCAGAGAAGGUGACAUCCUAACCUUACUGGAGUCCGAACGUGAAGCCAGAAGAUUAAGAUAGUUAGGAUAUUUUUUUAUGAUACCAAAAAAAAAGAAGAUUUAACAUGGCAGUUCUCUAAAGGCCUGAAUAAAAACAUCAAGAAAGAAAAUGGCUUUUGGUUUUUUUUUUAAGAAACUUUUAUGUGAUUCAAAAUCUAAAUAAAUUAAUCUUGUUGAUCUUCUGA